AUGAGUGACUCUACCGAUAACAAAGACAACAAGAAGAAGAAGAACAACAACAUGGACCAAAACGACAAUCCGGAUGACACAGUGCCAAGUAGUAUGGUGACCACCAUGAAGCAACACAUUACACCCUAUCUACCUCCUCCAGUUGUCGCAGCCAUGGCAAAAAUUGAUCCUCCUCUUGAACCAUUUCUUGGACCUGAACCAAGCAUGACGCUCAUUGGCACCCUUGGCCUUGGUUUUAUUGUAUGGAAAGUCUUGUCCUUGUUGCUGGGCGGCGGCGGUGGUACUUCCACAAGUAGUGGGUCUGCCAUUCAAGACGACGACCAAGACGAUGCCACUAAUCCUUCCAGCAAGAACAAGUCACAACGAUCCUUUGAUUCUACUUUAGUCUUCUGUGGACCAUCCUUGGCUGGCAAAACUAGCAUGUUUUACAAAUUGCUCUAUCCGCAACGGCCAUUUUCCAGGAUGGGGACGGUCCAGAGUUUAUCCAGCAAUGUGGGAUACAAACAACACUCUGAUGUCCAAUGGAGGUAUCUAGAUGUACCAGGACAUUGGGGUGCGGAUAAGUUGGUAUCCACAGUUUUGAAACAACAACAGAAUAUGGUGCAACGGAUUGUCUUGGUGGUGGAUUCGACACAACCCGUUUCCAAGGCGGCCGAUUACCUAUAUGCCCUGCUGCAAUACCAGCAACAACAACAACAACAAGCAUCUAAAUCAUUAACGGUCUUGAUUGCCUGUCACAAGGCCAAGGCACCCAAGGCCAAGAAUUUCCGACGAAUCAAGUUGAAUUUAAGGAACGAAUUGGAACGACUGGAAAAAUUAAGCAGUCAGCCGACCAAGAUUCAAGAUUGGGAGGACGCCCUGAGUUCCUUUGAAUUUUGUUCGUCUUCGGUGGAUCCGCCACUUCUACAGGAUAUCGAGUCCUUUUGUGAGUCUGGGAAACUGUCCAAAUAA